AUGUUUGGAUAUGGCAAUCAACCGAAACCUCUUCGGCGACCUGGAUUGAAGAUGCCACAGUGGGAGCAUGUCAUGGCAGGCCUUUAUGCUGUUGACAUUGGAGCGGCAUCGUCUUCUGCUUGUGGCAAAUUUGCGUCAGUGGAAAUGAAUUUGUCAGAGAAACUCAUUUCCUGGGCCCAAUCACUUGGAAAGCCUCUGCGCUGCACAUCUUGUUUGUUGAAAAUUCAAACCACUGAAAAAACGGUGAUGUAUCGCCUGAGAACGAAAUAUCAUGUUGGGGACGUCUCGGAGAGGCGAUUUGCGCUUAUCUUUCCUGUCAGCGGAUGCAGUGGGGCCGUGACGUCAAUUAUGGCACGAAUUAAUGGUAGACUAGUUGUGGGACAGCUGGUGAGCGUCGAGGAUAGUGCAUCGGGAAAUUUACGGCGAUUUAAGAUGGCAACAGACAUGCCCGAUGAAAAUUUUACCGAUAUCCGACGGAAGCACCCUGUAUCAAUCUACAGCAUUACGCCUAAUGCAUCCGACGUGCUUGGCGGCAAGGCGGCGGAGGUGGGGGCAGAGGUAAUUGUAGAGAUCCGAUGGAUUUCAAAAGAAAUGAUGUGGUGUGAGCCUCACGCGUUGCAGGUUUUGUAUCCUUUUGUGUGCGCACCGCGUUUGCCGGACGAAAUUGCGUGUCGUGCAGUGUUUUCCUCUCCUGUCAAGAUGGUAAGCAGUCCUAAUUGCCGCAAUGGCGGGGGUACGUUAGACUGGAAGCUACAUCGAAGGUGUUGCAAGGUUUGGCUUACCCCGCGGAACGCUGAAAAGGUGCUGCGACGCGAAGACGAUGUUUUUAUCCUCACAUUUUACUUUCAAGGUGCCCUCGACGCGAAGUACCAGCCGGGCACUCUUGCGCCGGUGCUUCUUGUAAUCUUUUUAGGUAUCAUAGUGUGGAUGAUGCUAACAAAAGAUUUGAGUGUUUGA